AUGUCACAAACAACCUCCAAGGCGCCUGGGCCAUCAUUGCCAAUUACACAACUUGACGAUACCCACGACAGAGGCUCAGAGACAUACCAAGUUUGCAAUCAACACCGCUCUGUUCGAGAAACGCCGAUCUCAAACUUGAGCAGCAACCAUGCCGCUUCAAGCUCCAACGACCCCGGCAUCCAGAAUACCAAAUCGAAGAAGACUCUGCUUCAGAUCGCAACAGUGAUGUCCUCACUCUGCGCCUGUGUCUUCCUCGCCGCACUUGAAUUAACCAUUGUGUCAACCGCACUUCCAACCAUCGCCGCCCAUUUCUCAUCCGAUUCGGGCUAUACUUGGAUAGGCACAUCUUUUGUCCUUGCCCAUACUGCCUCGACACCACCGUGGGGCAAGGUUUCCGACAUUUGGGGUAGAAAACCCAUAUUACUCGUCGCCAAUGUCAUAUUCUUUGCGGGUAGCCUUAUUUGUGCUUUGGUUGAUGACCUGGCUGUCUUUAUCGCUGGGCGGGCCAUCCAAGGAAUGGGCGCUGCUGGGAUGCAGACGCUGGUAAAUAUCUGUAUCAGUGAUAUGUUCUCACAACGGGACCGCGGGCUAUACUAUGGACUGACAUCGAUUGUCUGGGCCGUUGCGUCUGGGAUUGGUCCCGUACUCGGAGGCGCACUUACAGAUCGGUUGAAGUAA